CGAUUAGUUGUAGUAAAAAUGUCUCAACCUUUUAUUAAUUUCGUAUUAAAAAUUUUUAUUUUAAAUAUUUUUGUUAUAUUAACUUCAAGUUUACUUGUUAUACCUCCGGUUAACAUUGUAUAUUACCAACCAGAACAAAUACAUAUCGCAUUUGGUGACGGAGUUAAUUAUGAUUUAUCAAUUACAUGGUCAACAUUUAAUUAUACAAAUCAAUCAAUUGUACAUUAUGGUUUAGAUUUGAAAAAUUUGAAUAGUGUGAAAUAUGGUUCAUCAAAAUUAUUUGUAGAUGGUGGUCCAGAAAAACAUUCACAGUAUAUACAUCGUGUUUAUUUAAAAAAUUUAUUACCAAAUACGCAGUAUGUUUAUCGAUGUGGUAGUGACUUGGGAUGGUCAGGACUUUUUCGCUUCACUACGACACCAAAUGGUACCGACUGGAGUCCACGAUUUGUAAUUUAUGGUGAUUUAGGUAAUGAGAUUAGUGUUUCAUUACCAUUGUUACAACAAUAUGCCCAAAGUGGUUACAUGAAUGGUGUGGUUCAUUUGGGCGAUUAUGCAUAUAAUUGGGAAGAUGAUAAUGGACGUUCCGGUGAUGCAUUUAUGAAUCAACUACAAUCAAUAGCUGCCUAUGUUCCGUACAUGGCUGUUGUGGGAAAUCAUGAACAAGCUUAUAAUUUUAGCCAUUACCGUGAACGAUUUACAAUGCCUGGUAAUACAGACAACUUUUACUACAGCUUUAAUAAAGGUCCCAUUCACUUCAUAGUGAUAUCGACAGAACAUUUCUAUUUCGAAGAAUUGAGUCCAAACUUAAUGAAGUACCAAUAUGAAUGGUUAAUUAAUGAUUUAAAUCAAGCACAAAAAGAACGAGACAUACGUCCAUGGAUUAUAAUAUUAGGACAUCGACCAAUGUAUUGUACAAAUAUGGGAAACGAAGGUUGUGUCAAUUACGAAACAGCUGUUCGUACAGGAGAAUUAAAUAAAACAACUGAAUAUGCCCUUGAACCGCUAUUUUACAAAUAUAAAGUUGAUUUAGCAAUGUGGGGCCAUGAACAUUCGUAUGUACGAUUUUGGCCACUUUAUAAUUUUGAAGUAUUAAAUGGUACAAAUAAUUCUGACGCUUUUCAUAAUCCAUUAGCACCAAUACAUGUUAUAACAGGUGCAGCCGGAUGUAAGUAUCCAGAAAGUAUUGUACCAAAAGCUGAUAUUUAUGCAUAUCGAACCAUCGACUAUGGUUUUACUGUUCUGCAAGCGUUUAAUAAGACCCAUUUAUAUUUUGAACAAGUGUCGGCAAUAAAUGGUACAAAACAGGAUAGUGCAUGGAUCAUUAAGGACUCACCAAGUAUUGAAUACACGAAAUCCAUCAGCUUACAACUUUAACACUUGAAAUUUUUCAGUAAAUGCAUAGUUACUGAGUUGUAAAACUGUGCAUCCUUUGAAGUUUGAAGUAUCUAAGACGAAAUUU